CUUGUUUACACUCGAUAAGUCCCAUGAAUCAUGAUGUGCACCAUUCUAUCUUGGAUCUAUUCAUAUCCCUAGACAUCAUGUGCACGAUAAGCAUGUGCCCAUGGGAUAUUCAGAAGUUGAAUAGUCGACGUCUAUUCACCACAUAAACUCGCCCUUUUUUCCAGUGACCCUCAAGUAUUCGUCGUUAUGCCUUGGGAGUCGAUAAAGCUAAAUUCUGGAUACUACAUUCCAAGCAUCGGAUUCGGUACUUGGACGCUAGGUAAUGGCCAAGGGCCCAUCGACCAGGUUGAACAAGCUCUGGAAAACGGAUACAACCAUAUCGACACGGCGCAGUCCUACAGGAAUGAAGGAGAAACCGGCAUUGCUUUAAAAGAAAGCGGACUUUCGCGCUCAGAUAUCUUCGUGACAACCAAGUACUCCGGUACUAACAGCCUUGACAUCCCGACUUCCAUCAAGAACAGUGUCAACAGCCUUGGGGUAUCGUACGUGGACCUUUAUCUGGUUCACUCCCCGCGCCUGGCGGUACCAGACAUCCCCACGUGUUGGGCACAAAUGGAGAAGGUCAAGGAAGACGGACUUGCUAAGAGCAUUGGUAUCAGUAACUUUGGCGUCCAAGACAUGGAGAUUUUGAUGGCAUCUGCGAAAGUUAAACCUGCUGUCAAUCAGAUUCUCCUUCACCCAUAUGUCUAUCAGCAACAGAAACCUAUCCUUGAUUAUGCUGCGAAGAAUGGAAUCAUUAUCGAGGCCUACAGCGCGCUGAUCCCCAUCACAAAGUUACCCGGCGGUCCUUUGGACAAACCGUUGAACGAAAUCGCCGCAAAGUUCGGUGCAACGCCCGAGCAAGUUCUACUGGCGUGGACGAAAGCCAAGGGCGCCGUUGUAGUCACCACGAGCUCGAAGAGGACGCGCCUGCAAGGCUACCUCGCGGCAGGUGAUAUAGCUUUGUCUCCAGAGGACGUUGCUGCCAUUGAUGCUGCAGGCGCUUUGGGCGAGAAGAAAGCCAUUGUGAAGAUUAUGUUGAAAAGGGUUGCCGUAGGUGCAAUCGCUUGUGCGGCAGUCUUUAGUGCAUGCAACUUCCUCGGCAUCAGCAUGAUGUAAAGUGAUUGUUAGCCUUUGACAAAUGCUCAGAUAUCACUAGUACUGGUUCACCCUGUGCCGCCAAUCCAGCAAAUUGUUCUAGACUGCGAAAGGACUCGAAUAGAACCAAUUCUCAAGCGCGUCCCUUGCAUCAAGUUAGAUGAGAAUAGGUCAUGGGAGUAAUGUCGGGUGUGUUACCGUCAACGGGG